CAGGGAAUGGGGAAUAGGGGUCCUGUUGGUCCUAUGAGAAAUAGGCCUGGUGGUGGCAUUGUUGGAAGGGGGUUUAUGGGAAAUGGUGGGAGUGGAUUUGGACAAGGUAUGGGUGCUGGACCUCCAAUGAUGCAUCCUCAAACAAUGAUGGGUCAAGGUUUUGAUCCUGCUUUUGGAGGGCCUAUGGGGAGAAUGGGUGGUUAUGGAGGAUUUCCUGGUGCUCCAAAUCCACCAUUUUCGGGUAUGUUGCCAUCAUUUCCACCAGUUGGAGGAGGUGUUGGUUUGCCUGGUGUAGCUCCUCAUGUAAAUCCUGCAUUCUUUGGCAGAGGAAUGCCAAUGAAUGGUAUGGGAAUGAUGCCUCGUGCUUGUAUGGAGGGGCCUAACAUGGGUAUGUGGUCUGAGCCUAACAUGGGUGGUGGAUGGGCGGGAGACGAGCAUGGCUACAGAGCGGGAGAGUCGAGUUAUGGGGAAGAAGCUUUAUCUGAUCAUCAGUAUGGAGAAGAAAACCGUGAUAGAGGGGCUUGGCCUAGUAACAAAGAAAAAGAUAGAGGCUCAGAACGAGAUUGGUCUGGUUCUUCAGACAGAAGACAUAGAGAUGAUAGAGAACCUUCUUAUGAAAGAGAUAAGGCUAGAGAUAAGAAUACAGGGCAUGAUGAUGAUUGGCAAGAGGAGAGGCGACACCAAGAUGAUAGAGACGUUGGACGAGAGAGUGUGAGAGAGAGGGAUCGUGACCACAGUCGCACACGCUCUAGAGAUCGUGACCGUGACCUUGAGAAGGAUCGAGGUAGUGGACGGGAGCGUGACCGUCAUAGGGAUGAUAGAGAUAGAUAUGGUGAUCAUCAUAGGUACAAGGACCGUGAGCAAGAAUAUGAUGAUGAAUGGGACAGGGGAAGAUCAUCAAGGACACACACCAAAUCACGAUUAUCGCACGAAGAUGAUUCACGGUCAAGGUCAAGGGAUAUAGAUUAUGAAAAGAGGCGUCGUCUGACUUCUGAUUGAUCUGUUGACAUACUGCUUUUUCUAGGAUAACUUUGGCUGUUUUCUUUCAGUAUUCCUUUUGCAAGGAGCAUCGUCACUAAGCAUUAAGAUGGCUUUCUUGUGAUGAUGGCAGAGGAGAUAUGAGUUUGGAUACUUCUGAAAGAAAUAUGGUGUGUCUCUUCAUGACGAACCAACCUUGAAUCUUUUGCCUGAGAGAGCAUUUUGCGGAAAGAUUGAUCUUCUUGUGUAACUUUUAUCUUAGCUUUUAACCUCUUUUAUCUUAUACUUUUAGUUAAAAUAUUAGAUGUUAUAGUACCCACGUCCGAUGAGUAUGACUUGAACAUACUGAACUGUGUGAUAGAUUGUUGUUGAAACUUGCUAUUUUGAUGUAAUGUUUUAGGAUUUAAUACUCAGGUUUUUGCUGAUCUCUUUUAAUCGUCUGUAUUAUCCUUUUAUGUUCUUUAGACCCAGGUUUUGUUGGGCACACAAUGUUCAGCACUCAGUCAGUGUUCUUGUAAAGUGUAUAAAGAAUUCUAAUUAUGAAAUCAAAAUGCUGUCAUGUUAAGUGAACU